GGGUAGCGGGAUCGUGCCCAGCUGUGGGGCGGCACACACAGCCCCAUUUAGGCCCGCCUGCAGCCCCUCACAUGAUGGGAGUGUGACGGGUCCGGGCACGAGGUAACGGCGAUGGCGCUGAGCAGAGUCCGCCUGUUCCAGCCCCACGGGGAGCGCACCCGGCUGCUGCCCCAGGCGUCCAGGCUGGUGGAGCUGCCCUACUCCUCCUUUGAUGAUGAUGACACGGCUGAGCAGAAUCCCGGGGUGUGGACCCCCAACCCCCUCAAACUGAGCCCCUUCAGCUGCUGCAUGCGCUACCUGGCCUUCUUCUGGAACCUCCUCUUCCUCCUGCUGGGGCUGCUGACCCUCGCUGUGGGGGUCUGGGGGCUGCUGGCCAAGAGCCCCCUGUCCGAGGGGGGGCGUGGGGUGCCCCUGGGCUCGGACCCCAUGCUGCUGUUCGUGCUGGUGGGGCUGGGGGCCAGCGCCGUGUCCUUGGCUGGCUGCCUGGGUGCCUUCCGAGCUAGCCCCUGCCUGCUGCGCUUCUUCCUGGGUGCUGUGCUGGCUUUUGGGGGGCUGCAGGUGCUGGGGGGGCUCCUGCUGCUGCUGGCACGACGGCAGCUGCGGGACGCGCUGCAGGACCUGCUGCUCCUCUGCCUCCUGCGCUACCAGGAGGAUCCUGACCUGCAGUUCCUGGUGGAUGAGGUGCAGCGGAGCCUCCAGUGCUGCGGCCUCGAGUCCUACCACGACUGGGAGAGCAACCCGUACUUCAACUGCAGCGCUCCGGGCGCGCAGGCGUGCGGUGUCCCGGCUUCCUGCUGCCAGGACCCUCUGGAGAGCGGCUCCGUGCCCAAC